CACACUGGCAGACAGGCCUGCCAGGACUGCACGCGAUCAGGCGGUUCAGACUCGAAGCAUGUGAAAGCUCACAUAGCCUGGCCUACCUGGUCCAUCAGCUGCUCAAGCUGACCGAAACGGCCUCUCACACACUCACUAUUGGCCUGAAUCGGCCUGGGUGAAAUUUUCCUCUCUGUCCCUCUCGCUCUAUUCUCCUCCCAGCGGCUUCACCUUCCGAGAGCCAGUGAGCAAGGACCGUCAGCCUCCGCACCUGGCACCGGCCAUCAUUAGCGUAACGGUUUCCAGAGCUGGCCCGAGUCGGGUGACGCUGCGGCCACUUCUCGCCAUCCGCAAUCCUCUGACGGCACACCCGCUCUCGCCCACUUCACACCCGCCAACCGGCACACGGGGCAGCCACGUCUUCCCACUGCCUCCCUUUCCUGCACAAUGGUCCUUUGGAGGCACGUCUCGGUGCUGCGCUUAUGAUUUCGCUCUUCUCCUUCUACCUGCUGUCUUCUCUUGUAAUCAUUCUUGUGCCGGCCCUCAAGAGCAUCUCGUCCUCCCCCAAGCCCACCACCAUGGGCCUCCCCUCCGAGCUCAAGUACAUCCAGUACGCCCACCGCCUCGAGGCCCAGUAUCUGCCCUCCAUACGCGCCCUCAUAUCAAAGGACCUGAGCGAGCCCUACAGCAUCUAUGUCUACCGCUAUUUCUUGUACCAAUGGGGCCACCUCUGCUUCAUGGCGCUCAACCCAGAGGACUCGUCCCUCGUGGGCGUGAUAGUCUGCAAGCUGGAAACACACUCGUCACACUCGCCGCCCACGCGCCGGGGCUACAUAGCCAUGCUGGCCGUCUCGUCCACCUUCCGCGGCCAGGGCGUGGCCACCGCGCUCGUCAAGAAGGCCAUCGACGCCAUGGCUGAGCGCAAUGCCGACGAGGUCGUCCUCGAGACCGAGGAGACAAACACCCCCGCCAUGCGCCUGUACGAGCGCCUGGGCUUCCUCCGCUCCAAGAAGCUGCACAGGUACUACCUCAACGGCAACAGCGCCUACCGGCUCGUGCUGCUGCUCAAGAGCGUCGACCCGGACUCGGCCACCGACUUUGCCCUGGACGAGAGCGAGAGGCAGCAGGGAUAGGGCCCUGCCGUCUCCAACCCACAGCCCAUCAGCCUGAGUGGUCGCGGGUCGGGCCAGGAUGCGGGGAUGCCCACGGCCCCCACGCCGCUCGGCCAGUACACGACGCCCGUCGUCCUUGGGAGGCGCCUGAUGGACGCCGGGGGCCGUAUUGCCAUGCUUCGCACAGCUGCGUCGAUGCUGCCCCUCCUCAAAUGGCUGGAACUGGAAGACAAGCCAGAGUAUCGGCGCCAGAGGGAGCUGGGGCAGAGCACAGCCGCCGCCGUGGACGGAGCAAGCACCGGCACGGCUGAGCCGAGGGCCGCCAAGGGUCCAUUGUGUGGAGGUCUCCCACGAGGCAUGCACGGGGGCCAUCAACCGGAGGUGGAGGACAUGCGGACGGCAUUGGAUCGGGGGUGAGUCGGAGGGGAUCCCAUCCCAGCAGGGGUUGCACCAGCUCGGCGUUUUGGUACCGAAUAUCACAUUCUGCUUACGGGAGAGGCAUCAGGGUGCAUUCAGGCGGCGAACUGGCUUGUGGGACUGACUGGCUACCUAUGCAUCUGUACACUAAACAAGGCAUUAUUCUACAGCUGACAAGCUUUGCCACCGUGCCUGUCACUCUCGGGGUCUAUCGCCGGGUUGUCUUGGCUGACGGGAGCGCAAGGCAGCGGGUUAGGCUGGUUGGUCGGCUGACAAGAGCUCAAAGGACCCCUUUGAGUCAACCUUGUUGCUGAUCGUCCAAUGUACUAUAGUACACUGCAGACAGCGCAGUGCUCCGUAAUAGACCGGCCUGCCCUUUCUAUCCGUAGUGCAGUGUGCAGUGUAAUGUAUUCAUGUAGGGGUCGCGGAGGACGGAGGACGGAGGACGGAGGACGGCAUAAUGAACACCCCCCAAGACCACUCCCCUCGAGGGAUAGUCUGUUUCGGAAUGCCAUCAAGUAAAAUAGACCAGCAGUCGGACUGACUGCCAAGUGGCCAGCACACGAGAUGGACUGUCGACGGCAGAGCUUGGCCACACAUACUCAAAACGGCUGCCAAACCGGGAUUGCGUCG